CAGUGCAUCGUCGCACACCGACGUGGCGGUGCAGACGGCAAGCGCAAGAGCAUUGAGUCCUUUACGCCAAGCAGCCAGCGUGUCACCGAGCACGCCAAAGCAGACUGCGCGGCUAAAGAACUCCGCAGUCCAGCAUGGAUCUCCAUCGUUCGAAUCAGAGGCGAGUCUCGACAACACACCAGGACCGUCUGAAGAGCCCCUGCAAAGACUUCGACUGGGCCGACGGCCAUGCAGAUGGACGACACGAAAUGCCCAGGCUUUGCGGCACAGUCCGGCAGCACCACGUGCAAGGUCGCCGGAUUCACACUUGUCCAGGACAUUGGAUGAUCCUCCAGAACCUUUGUUGGGAUCACCGCUUGCUUCUGCCACAAGUUUGUUUACCAGACCUUCGAGUCCUGGAGUGCGGGGCAGUGGAGGCAACCUGGAGAGCAUGAGCGCAUGGCCUCUUCGGCUUGAUAGCUACUACGCUCCAAACAUGUUCGAUGUGAUCGAUUCCCUGGAAUCUGGAUCUCGGAUCCCUUCAUCUCACCAGAAGACAUCUGCGCCUUCCGCAAUUGCAGAGGAGCUGCGACGCUUGCAAAGAGAUCUUGUGGCAAUCGAGCACAAGGUUCAAAAAGGUUCAACACUCGGGUCCGCGCUUGAAGGGACGCGAAUGCACAGCCAGGCAGACAGGUUUGAGUCGCCCUGGCUGAAGGCCUGGCAGGCUGGCUUUCAGCUGGAGCAUUCCGAGCCGUCCGACACGGAGAUGGACAGCGGUUCUGAGAUCUCCCAUGAGAUUGAUGAUGUCCUGGGGCUCCUGCGAGGGGCACCUCAAGCACCUCUGGGGGGAUGGCAGCGUGAGGUGCCUAGGUCUCACCCGAAAUAGCCAGGAACACCCGCCAAAGCUUCGCGGGGUACAUGUGUAAUUUAUUGCCUGCUCCGUGCGGAGCACGCAGCAUAGUCCAGGCGUGAUGGGGAAGAG